AUGUUGCAACUGUGCAGUUCUCCAUUUAAGUGUUUGCCUUUGAAUUCAUCUAGCCAGCAGAAAAACAAUAGUUGUGAAACACCUCAUUCUAUAUUAUGUGUAGAAUCAAGCAAAAAUAAAGGGGCGCUUUAUGGAGAGAGGCAUCAUGGGCUUAAUGUAACCACAUGUUCUACAACUGGUUUGGAAAACAGGCCAUUUCAUUCCCAAAGCAGCUGUUACAACGUGACCUCAGGAUCAUUAUGUGGCAUCAAAAACAUAUUUAAAUCUCAGGAGGGGAAAGACAAUAUUCUCAGGGAUUUUCUGGUGGACAAAAGGCAAAGAGAUGCUAUUGAUGAAAGUAAUAGAUUAAGAGGCAAUAAAACAACGGUGGAUGACAUAAUUGAUGAAGUCAUAUGGAAAUACUGCCAAAAUUCCUCAUCAAAGAUGCUUCAAGAAAAAGAUAACGAGAGUGUUUUAUCUUUAAAUGUUCAGUCCAUUAUUGGUAAAACUGAGGCCUCGAGCUUAAGUUUUGACUGGAACGUACCAAUUCAGUCUGAAGAAGAUCAUUCCAAGAUGAUAAAUUUAGAUUUCCUCAAGGAGUCCAAUGUAAAUGUUGAUGAAGACUACAAGUCAAAACUUAAGUGUGUUCUAAGUACAAGUCCCAUUAAAGAAAAAGAUAUAAAGUCUGACCCAGAAGAAGAAAUUCUUCCAGCACUGCCUCACGUGCCUCCAUCUUUUGUUGGUAAAACCUGGUCUCAAGUCAUGUAUGAAGAUGACUUAAAAGUAGAAUCUCUUGUUAAACAGUUUAGAAAAGGAAAAUUUCAUUGCUACUUCGAAGAGGGACAUUUAAUAAAUGGUGGCAGCAAAAGACAUCGUAAGAAUAAAGAGGCUGAAAAGAAAUGUGAAGUAAAAAUUGAAGGCUUGAAAGAAUUUGAAAGCUUUGAUGUGCUACCGCUAUUAGAUCAUCACUCUGAUAUUGAUAGCACUAAAUCAGAAAAACUGGUGCAGCCCAAGCUUCCUAAACCCUGUAGAAGAACAUGCAGACAAGCUUCAAGAUGCCAGAUUGUUAAAGUAAGUCAUGGUACUCAGACAAGUUUGGUAAAUUUUCCUGUAAUAAAGAAAAAAGUACUUAAAAAUGAACAACAAGGGGUUUUUGAUGUUGUGGAAGAAAAGACACCAGACAUGAAAACGCGGACUUGUGCUUUUAAACUUCCAGAGUACUACACCAAAAUAUUAACUCCUUUACAACCCAAGACAAUGGUGUAUGUUCUUUCUCAUCCAGACUUAAAACCAAGUACUAGUAAAGCGGCUUCAGUCUAUAGCAGAGGUCGUAACCGAUACUCUACUGAUAGUAGAGACUCUAUAUUUUACAAAUAUAAGCAAUCCACUCUGAAGUAUUAUGACCCUUUGACUAAUCGCAUUCUUAAAACCCCUCCAAGAAACUCUUUGCGUGGUAUGGGUAUUAAUGCACCCUGUGUUCGGAAGCUGUUUCGUACACUGAGUAGUGAUGUGAAUGUUGAUAACCUAGAAUUUGAGCAAAAGGAGUCUAGUAAUUCUAAAAAGUCUUUGUCUUUAAGUAGUUGUUCUGUUGGCUCUCUACAUUUUGAAUCUAGCACAGGAAAAGAUCUAAAUUCAAACAUUAAAGGAUGUGGAUCAUCAGCGAACACAGCCUGUGUAAAGUCUGGACAUACUGAUAAGCCAUAUGCAAAUUUUCGCCUUUCCCCCUUUAAUACCAGUUUUACCCAAAAUAAGGAGGACACCCAGCAUAGUCCCAUUAUUACAAAAUCUAUUACAAAAGCAUUAAAACCAAAGAAAGUUAUAAGAAGAGAAUCUUCUAAACCCUCAACAAGAAUAACCAGGGCAAGAAUAGAACCUAGGGUUGUCACAAAGUCCAAGAACACUAGAAUGGGUAAAAAACUAACACAAGGUAAAGCUGCACGCAAUAAGCAGCCAAGAAGAAAAAUUUCUACAGAAGUUGCAAAACCAACCAGGGGAAUAGUUCAGACUCUUCAGCCCAGUAAGAAAGUUAGAGGCCGAAGGAGUCAACAGUCUGCUGAGGAGCAUGGAAAGGCACUUGAAAAGUCACAAUUUGCUUCACAAAGGCCUGCAAAAAGAAAGCCAAAUGUAUCUAAAGCAGUAUCAAAGAAGAAUACUCGCACAAACUACCAAGACAAAAUUGUUAAAAGAACUCGUAGCAGAGUCUCUGAGGGUCUUGUCCAUAGCACCAUACGCCAACUGAGGAGUAGGCACAAAGCUUCCAUGGAUUCUAGUUCAAGAACGAUCACUAACACAAUGACAAGUAAAAAAGUUAGAUGAUGGACAGAACAAAUUUACUUCCAAGCUUAAACACUAAAACACUGCUGAAAAACGGGUUUUAUAAUACAAAGUUUUUUUAUGUUUCGUAUACAUUUGCAGUUUAAACCAUUAAGCUGAUUUCAAAGUUGUUUUACACAUUUCCAUUUUUAUAGAUACCUAAUGCAAAAUUCUAGAUUUGUUUAUUUUUAUAGAUACCUAAUGUAAAAUUCUAGAUUUGUUUAUUUUAUAAAAUUGUGCUAACUAAAAUAAUUUUAUGGUUUCUGUGUCAUUGGAUUGCAUAUUACAAAUCUGGUCAAUAUCAAGAAAAAAUUGUGUAGCAUAUCCCCUUAGCGAAAAGUCACGGAUAUAUAAUUUUACAAUGCAAAUUGCACACUUUGUGUGGUUUCCUCUCCUCUCCUCUCUGAUUCCUCUUAAUACUAAUUAGUUGGCUGGAGACUGUUUAAGUCAGGAAUAUGGUUUACAGGCUGUGGAAACCUAGGGAGUCAUUUAUUUUCCAGAAAUACACCUAUAUUUGGUAUAUUUCUGGUGCAGAGUGUGACUUUUCCCCUCUCACAAACUGAAAAAAGUGCUCAUGGCCGGCAAGCCCAUCUCAUUCAUCAUUUUCUAUGCCUUUUCUAUGCGUGUCUAAAACCCUGGCCUUAAUAAAUGACCCUCUUAGACUUUAAUUUGUGUCUGGUAGAGGUGGUAUAAGUAAUCCUAAAGCAAGUAUUUGCUUGUCAUUCCAUAUUUGCAAGUAUAGGGGGUCCUUUAUUAAGCUGAAAUAUGCCUAUAUUAGGUGUAUUUCAGGUUCUAGUUCCGCCUUAUUCUGCAACUAUUCCCUGCUUACGCCAGGUCUAAAAAAGCAGGUGGGGAAGGGGGCAGGCCAUCAGGCCUUUCUCAUUUACCAUUUUCUACGCCUGUUUAAGGUGUAUAAAAAGGUCUAAAUAUAAGACAGCUAGGAAGCUGUCUUACACUUAGAAGUGACGGAGGAUCCGCUGAAGUUAUGGAAACCCACCUCCAGGUAAAGGGUCUAAAAUGCUGGUCUUAAAAUAUGUGCACCAUAGUUUUUACUGUAUUGUUCACUGGGCUGAAGCACAUGUAUUUAGAUAUAUUUAACAAAAAUCAUGCUCAUUUGCACUGAAAAUUAUUUUUUUACAUGAAUACAGUCACCAUAUAUCUGCAGUGGCUAUGAAAAAAAAGUUUUUUCUAUACAACAAAAUUCAACAAAGUACAACACUUCAACAUGUUCACUCAGCUAGGAGAUCUGCUGAGCUGUAUGUUGAAUGGAUGAAGAGUAGUUGCAAUUCCUUUUGAUCCAUUUUUAUACCUUAUACGAUUGUUAUGUGGACUGCAGCAUCUUCACACCUCAUGGUUCAGUAGUUGUAAUGGGCUAAUUCUGAAAAAAUGAAACCAUAUUUAUCCUGCAGUGAUAUAAAGAUACAUGAACAAGAUACAUUUUGUACUAUCAUAAGUAGUAAUGUUUUAUCAGAACCAAAAAUCUAAUUUCAUACAAUUCCUCCUGAGUGUUUUUCUUGGAAUAAUGUUUAUCCGCUUGUGGAUAUCAGCUAAAACCAGGAAAAUAACCAUUGUAAAAUAUAAAGAAUAUUCAAAAUAUAAACAUAACUUUAAUGAAGGAAAAUAGUAAAUAGUACAUGAACUUUUCACUAAAUGGCUGUUAUCAGUAUAUUUUUACAAGUGUAGCCUGCCAUAGAAAUCCAGUAUGUUAGAAGGUCAUAUCAGUGGACAUUCAGGAGCUGGUAUUCUAAUGUCAGGAACAAAUGGGUGCUAAGAUUUUUUUUUUCUUGGAGGGAUCUACAUUAUCUUGCUUCCUCUCCAUUGAGAUCAAAUAAUCUAACGGCCACCUAAACAUAAGCUGCUGUGUUUCUGUAACGCUCAUUCAUUUCAAUAAAGAAAACUGUAUGACCAAUUCACUACGGAAAACUAGUAAUGGAGCCCACCUGCAUGGAGGUGCCAUCUCCUGUAUGCCCGCUAAUGGUAACCUCUGACACAUCUGCUUCCUGUCAGAUGACUUCUACUGCCGUAUGUGCAAGUACAUAGCAUAUGAUAGAGAGAAGUUUAACUUUGUGCUAUAUAGGUUUAUAACAUUUGGAGCAGAAUUUCUUAGUUAAAGGGGUUUCUAGGAUUUUAGUAUUGAUAGGUCAUGAAUAUCAGAUCGGCAGGGAUCCGACACCCAGCAUCACCGCGAUCAGCUGGUUGAAGUGAAGGCUGUGCUCCAUGCGAGAGCUGACCUGUCUCUUACUUGCUCACCGUCGACAUCGGUGUAAUUACAAGCCGUCCUAUUCACUUCGAUGGGACAGAUCCUUCCUAUUCAAGUGUAUAAGAACAAGUCUUCCAAUAGAAGUGAAUGGGACGGCUUGUAAUUACACCUGAUCACCUCUGCGAUGUCAACGGCGAGCAGGUAAACAGUGAAGGGAAGCCUGCUCUUGCACGGAGCAUGGCCUUCUCUUCAACCGACUAUCCUGAGAAUAGGUCAUCAAUAUUAAAAUCCCAGAAAACCCCUUUAACAACAUAGUAAAUCCUGACAUGACACUUAGGAGAGACAGUGAGAGUCCUGAUGAACCCACCCACACGGGAUGACUGACAGCUUUCCCUGUAUCAAUGUGUACACAGGCAGUCAUUCUGUGUGGGCAGGGUCACCAGGACACCCAUGGUCUCUCCUAAGAGUCCUGGCAGGACUUAUUCAGCUUUUUACUCAGAAAUCCUUCCCAACUCAUAUAAACAUAUAUCACAGAGCUCAGCUUCUCUCCCUCUUUCAUAUGCUGUUCUCACAUAGAACAUCAGAAGCGAUUCAUUUUACACAAGUAUUACUAUAAUGGGCUCUGUCAGAGAGGCUGCUACCCGGCAAAUAUGCUGAGAAUCAGAGGGACAAAAAACACUGCAUGUCCGUCUGAUUCCCGGCAUUCUCUGCCGCAGAUGUGAAGGUAGCCUAAUAAUUAAGUCUUGUACCUUUACAGGUCACUUUUGAG